AUGAACUGGAGAGCACAUGUCCACCUAAAGGUAAUUGCUGCUACUCAGCUCCAGAACAAUGUGGGCCGGUUCUGGUUAGACAUGACCUCGUCUCAAGUACGUCCUAGUUACGCCGCUGGGAAGUACCGGGAGUCCGCGGGAACCUCCCUCGCGAAGGCGCCGGCUGCGGGACGGCGGCGCCGGGUCGCAGCGCGCCCCGGGAGCGGGAGGCCGGCUGCGGCGAACGCAGCGCGGGAGCGCAGCCGCGUGCAGACUCUGCGGCACGCCUUCCUGGAGCUGCAGCGCACGCUGCCGUCGGUGCCACCCGACACCAAGCUGUCCAAGCUGGACGUGCUGCUGCUGGCCACCACCUACAUCGCGCAUCUUACCCGCAGCCUGCAGGACGACGCCGAGGCGCCGGCGGACCCCAGUCUGGGCACCUUGCGUGGCGACGGCUACCUGCACCCUGUCAAGAAAUGGCCCAUGCGCUCAAGAUUAUACAUCGGUGCUACUGGUCAGUUUCUGAAGCAUUCUGUGUCUGGAGAAAAAGCAAACCCUAACGGCACCCCAGCAGACUCACAGCUUUAGGUUCUGUCCUGGUGGGAGCUCUUCAAAGUGGUGGCUGUUGGUUUUAAGUACUAUUAAAUAAUUCUGUAUUUAUACAUCAGGCACAACAAAUAUCAUUUUGAAAGUUUACUCUGUAACAUACGGUUAAAUUGUUCAGAUUUAGCUAAAACAUGAAAUAAGUGUCGUAUAAAACCACUGCUUAUCUAUUCAUUGAGUCACUGCUAAUAUAGUGCAAGAGAAAGUAUUAGAAAAAAAGGAAAGACACAAUAGCAAACAACGUGUAUAUAUAUAUAUAUUCACACACACAUAAAAUCUCCAGAGAAUGCACGCAUUCUCUGUAGCGUAUCUAUUAGAGAUUUACAAACCAGUAUCUGUCAGUCCAGUUUUUCUAGUUUGUUUAUAAUAUACCAGUAUUCCAUUUUUGUGGAAACCAGUUGUCUUUAGUUGGUCUAACAAGCCAUUUCAGUUGGAAGAUGCAAGAUCAUUUAUUCAGUUCGGCUGUCUAUAUAUGUGUAAAUACUGUUGCAAUAACCUGUAUAACUAGUUAUUUUUCCCUUCUAGAAAACUUGGAGUAUAAGACAAGGCAUGGUCACCUUCCCAGGAGUUCAGUCAAUAUUAAAAGGUGACGUAUAAGCUCCCAGGUUAGAGGAGGUAGUAGGAAUCUAUACAGCUGGUGUGAAUAGUCCAGGAGUCACGGGGCUGCGGGGUUUGUCAGCCUUCAUCCUGGUCACACCGUAUGCACCCCAACCUCCUUCAGGUUCUGAGCUAGAUAAGCAGAUUUAGCUGUAGCCACCUUGGAAAGACGAAUUUGCGAGACUAUCUGGGCCUUGAGUAAAUUCCCUUGACCUUCCUCAGCCAGUGAUGGUGUCGGGCUCCUUCCCAUGCCAGCUGUUCACAAUCUACCUCUUUGGCCAUUACAAAAGGGGGAAAUCCUAAUGUGGGGAACUCUGGCAUUGAUCUGCACCAUGAGGGUGUCUAAGGUCUCCUCAGUUUUCCUGAAACAUUGAGGCUUGAGCAGAUCCCCCUGAAUCUGCACCAAAUGAAUCGCCACCAGGAGGCCUCUCCUGCUUUACUACACACCAUUACUGCCCAGGGAGUAACAGGUCUGAUUACACAACUGGUUUCAAUGUUCAGUAGGACCCUGCCAAAAAAUACAGUUAAGUAGUAAAGCUUUGCCUUUGACAAUACUUUUUAAAAUUUCUUCUUGUCUGGUUGCAAAUGUUUUAAUGCCAAAGAAGUGUUAUUUCUGUCACAGAUUUUUUUAAACAUUUGAUUCAGGUGCUGAAUAUGCUAACAGCUUUAGUAAACUGGAAAAUUUUGGAGAAAUUGCAUAUGGUCAGAGCCACAGAUAGAGAUGUUUAUCAGGGAAUACACGGAACCCCAAAACAAUGUAAAUACCUGGAAAAAUAUCAACAUCAAUUAUCUCUUUGCUGAUGUAGAUUUCCUUUUAUCAUUUUUUGCUUUUCUUUUUAGUCUGUACUAUCCAAUGUAAAGUUAAUUUAUUUCUCAAUAAUCCAGUUUUUAUUUCUGUGUUUUUGUUUUGUUUUGUCUGAACUCACUUUGCA